UGGAAAACGAACCAAAGAGUCGAACAAGCAGUUUCCCUUUACGGCACUCCUCUGCACCCCUUCUCCGUUCUUGGCUUCUCUCGGCGGCGUUGGCAGUUCGCGGGUCUUGCCAUGGGGAGCCAGCAGAACGCGCUUCACCAGCUCAUGUCCUUCAUCCUCGGGGCGUCCGCCGCCGCCGUCCUGAUCUUCUUCCUGACGUCCGCGAGUAGCGGCGCGCGUUUCACGGGGAUAUCGAGCUGGGCCAAUGGAACCACGGAGUUUGACGCUCCCGCCCAAGAGGCGAGCCCGGCGGGAGAACCUGCUGCUCCUGCUCACGCCGAAGCAAAGGGAGCGCCGGCGCCGGAGCAGGACGAGCUGGAGCGGCUGCUGCGCGCGGUGGCGGACGAGGACCGGACGGUGAUCAUGACGUCGGUGAACGAGGCGUGGGCGGCCGAGGACUCGCUGCUGGAUCUCUUCCUCGAGAGCUUCCGCACGGGCGAGCGGAUCUCGCACUUCGCGAACCACCUCCUCGUGGUGGCGCUCGACGGCGGCGCCCUCGAGCGGUGCCGCGCCGUGCACCCGCACUGCUACCUUCUCCCCGCGGCCGCCGGGCGCAACCUCUCCGACGAGAAGGUGUUCAUGAGCAAGGACUACAUCGACCUGGUGUGGAGCAAGGUCCGGCUGCAGCAGAGGAUCCUCGAGCUCGGAUACAACUUCCUCUUCACGGACGUGGACAUUCUAUGGUUCCGCAACCCGUUCGAGCGGAUGUCUGUGGCGGCGCACAUGGUGACCUCGUCGGACUUCUUCUUCGGCGACCCGUACAGCCCGAUGAACCUCCCGAACACGGGGUUCCUGUACGCCAAGUCGAGCCGGCGCACGGUGGGCGCGUUCGAGGCGUGGCGCGCGGCGCGCGAGUCGUUCCCGGGGAAGCACGAGCAGCAGGUGCUGAACGAGAUCAAGGUGGAGCUGGUGUCCACGCGGGGCCUCCGCAUCCAGUUCCUGGACACGGAGCACAACGCCGGGUUCUGCAACAACACCCGCGACUUCAACACGCUCUACACCAUGCACGCCAACUGCUGCGUCGGCCUCGGCGCCAAGCUCCACGACCUCGGCAACCUGCUGCGGGAGUGGCGCGCGUACCGGAGCAUGGACGAAGGGGAGCGGAGCCGGGGGCCGGUGCGCUGGAAGGUGCCCGGCAUUUGCAUCCACUGAUGAGCAGGCGUGCGCGGCGAUGAGCUACAGAUCAGUGCGCGCGUGCGAGUGUGAUUGCCCAGCGUGGAUGGCAUCGUUAAGUUUAUUGUAAUUUUACACGUGUACAAAUCGGGGGAAAUGAGAUAGUGUGCAUGGUUUUCGCA